UCGUGCUCUCGUGGUGAAAUUAAAGACGACAGUGUCCGUAGGCAGUGCUGUACCUUCGAGGAAGAGGAUCAAACCGUUAAGACGUAGCAGUCACGUAGAAUGGUAGCAUCACAACACGACGGUACCAGAAGUGUCGGCGGAGGUGGUGUCGGCGACGGAGGAGGUGGCGGUGAUGAGACGGUGUACACGGUAACCGUGAGCGGUGUCGGUUACAGAAACGAGGGUUACAAGGACGAUGGUACAGAUGGUAUACCUCCGGAGCCGCAGAAACCACCGCAAUUAUCGUCCACGGACGACGACACCCAGUCGAGAAAGUUCAAGCUAUCGCGCGGCGAGAAAUGGCGGAUUUUAAAGAACAUUGGCACGGUGUCCGUCGCGUUUAUGGUGCAGUUCACCGCGUUUCAGGGCACGGCGAAUCUACAAUCGUCCAUAAACGCCAGUGACGGUUUGGGCACCGUGUCCUUAUCGGCCAUUUACGCGGCCCUGGUGCUUUCCUGCAUCUUUGUGCCCACGUUCGUUAUCAAGAGGCUCACCGUGAAAUGGACCCUGUGUAUGUCAAUGUUGUGCUACGCACCCUACAUCGGCUCCCAGUUCUAUCCCAAGUUUUAUACCUUGGUGCCCGCCGGGGUGCUCCUGGGCCUUGGCGCCGCGCCCAUGUGGGCGGCUCAGGCUACCUACCUAACGCAGGUCGGUGGUGUUUACGCGAAGUUAACCGAUCAACCGGUGGACGCCAUUGUGGUCAGGUUCUUCGGAUUCUUCUUCCUGGCGUGGCAGACCGCGGAACUCUGGGGGAAUCUCAUCUCUUCGCUUGUACUCAGCGAGGGAGAAUUUGGCAGCGGUAAGGGAAACAGCACCACGAACUGGAACAAGAUAAAACUGUGCGGUGCUGAUUUCUGUGUCGUUGGAAAUGGCGGCCAUGAGACCCUGGAACGUCCUCCAGAAUCGGAGAUCUACGAAAUUUCUGCGAUUUAUCUAACUUGUGUAAUCAUCGCAGUUAUUAUUGUGGCUCUCUUCGUCGACCCUCUUUCGAGGUACGGGGAAAAGCAACGAAAAGUUGAUAGUCAAGAACUUAGUGGUAUACAAUUACUGUCUGCAACCGCUUAUCAGCUGAAGAAACCCUAUCAGCAGCUUCUCAUACCGAUCACAGUAUGGAUUGGCAUGGAACAGGCGUUUAUUGGAGCAGAUUUUACACAAGCGUACAUCUCAUGCGCUCUAGGUGUCCACAAAGUGGGCUACGUAAUGAUCUGCUUCGGCGUUGUGAACGCCGCCUGCUCCCUGCUCUUCGGCUCCCUAAUGAAAUUCGUCGGCAGGCAACCGCUUAUGGUGCUGGGCGCCAUUGUUCAUGUUAGCCUUGUCGUCGUGCUACUCCACUGGAAACCGAAUCCCGAAAAUCCUUAUGUUUUCUAUUCAGUUUCCGGAUUGUGGGGAGUUGGUGAUGCUGUGUGGCAGACGCAAGUAAACGGUCUGUAUGGAACCCUCUUCAGGCGCAACAAGGAGGCCGCCUUCUCGAACUACAGAUUAUGGGAGAGCGCCGGUUUCGUGAUAGCGUACGCGUACAGCACACACCUAUGCGCCCGUAUGAAACUAUACGUGAUGCUGACAGUAUUACUGGUGGGCACAAUGGGCUACUUCAUAGUAGAGCUGUUGCACAGGCGUAAACAGAGAAGGCUGAAGGCGAUCGCCGAGGAUCCGAAGGCGGCGCAGGCGGAGGCGAACCAAGUCGAAGAGACGGACGACGAGAAGGACGAUAUCGACGACGAUAUCAUAAUCACUCACCUUUGAACAACCCGGCUCAGUGUUUGGGCACGAUCGACUCUUACCACUCCCCCUUUUUUAAUUCUUCCUUAUCGCUUCGCUAUAAUAACGAGCACAGUUAGCUUUCCGCCGGCGAACUAUCGAUAGCCUCGGAACUGAGCACGUGUUCGUGUAUUAUUGUUCGUUCCAUGGAAGCGUGAGGAUCGUCGUCUUUGAAAGAAGUUUGACCAACAUUUGCGUCAGCGUUGACAUUGCCGAGGUCGUUGGACGUCGUUUGUGCGCAGGGGCGGCGAGACACGCAGCGGGGCCCGGGGAGAAGGCUUGAAGGCACCUGACCUGAUGUUUUUGUUAAUUGAAACUUAACUAUGAAAUCGGAGCGCAGGAUAUAUUAUAAAGAACUGCGUGAAUAGGGCCUAAUUAAGAUCUCAGGAGUCUGAGCUCCAACGAGUUCAAAAUAAUUACAUGAGUCUCUUGUAGGAUCUAAUUAAAGUUUUAUGGAAACCUAAGCUCCUCGGAGUUGGAAAACACUAUGUGAGUCUCUGGUAGAACUUAAUCAAAGUUUCAAAGGAGCCACAGCUCCUCUAAGUUUGAAAAUAGUAUAUGAGCCUCUAUUAAAACUUAAUUAAGGUUUGAUGGGAGUCUGAGCUUCACUGAGGUGAAAAUAACUACUUAAGUCUCUAGUAGAACCCAAGUAAGGUUUAGAAGAAGCCUGAACUCCUUUGACUUGCAACAAACUAUAUGAGUCUCUAGUAGCACCUAAUCAAGGUUUCAUGGGAGCCUAAGCUCCUCUCAGUUGGAAAACACUAUGUAAGUCUCUAGUAUAACUUAAUCAAAGUUUGAGAGGAGCCACAGCUCUUCUAAGUUUGAACAUGCUUUGUGAGCCUCUAUCAAAACUCAAUUAAGGUUUGGUGGUUCAGGAGAAAAAUUUGUAUGUCCUACACAAAAUUCAAUAAAAAUCUCGGUGGAACUGGAGCUCCCUCCAAGAAAGUAAGAGGAGCAAUCCCGCCAAACUUAUUAAUAAAAAUUUAGUGAGCUCAGAUUUCCCGGCUUUGACAAUAAAUGAAAAAAAGAGAAAAUUUGCGAAGUGAUAUCCGGGCCCAUCAUGCUCCCCUUCUCGUCGGUCCUGUAUCUGCGCAACAUGCACGAAGAGUUCCGUUGUGUGUUUUAAACUUGUGAAAUUGGUUGAAAUUUGAUUUUAUCUUUCAUAACUUUCGAUUAUAUAAAUGUACGUUGGAUAUCUGACGUUAUUUCGACGUUCUUGUUUCUUCCGUUUCUUUUCAUUGUGAAAACGCAUUGUUUCUAUUAUUGAAACGACGACAUGUUUGUUUCUUUCGUGGAAAAGAUGGACGAACGAUGCGAGGACGAUUAGUAUGGAAGCACCGUGUUAGCGAAUCGGUAUCGCUUCAUUCUUUUCAUAUGAUAGGACGAUCUUUUAUUGUUAAUGGAAACGAAUUGCUUGCCCUCGCGGUGCUAGAAGCGCGUCCCGAUGCCAUAAUUGUUAGUUUUGAGUGUCUGAGAGGAGGAACGGAUAUUGGCGUAACUGGGUUGAAGGUUUCAAACUUAUAUUGAAUGUGGUGAUAUAGUGCGAGCUAAUAUAGAGCGAGCUGAUAUAUCGUAUAAUAAUGUAACACGUAGAGGGAUGAUUCGUAGAGGUGUAACGUGUGGCCAUAUAAUACGUGGCGAUACAACGCGUGGUAAUAUAAUGUACGGUGAUUCAACGCGAAACGGCUAUAUAACGCGCGGUAGUGAUGGACAACGGCAGAUAAACAAUUUCUUAAUUUGAAAAUUUACAAGUUUUAACAUUUGCAUAUUUGUAAUU